AUGGGAGGACGGCUGCUGGGGAGAGGCGCCCUCUCCACCACGGCCAGAAUCGACCCGCCGGCGCGCUCCUCCCGCGACCACUCGCUUGCCGCUGGCGCCGCGCGCGUCCUGAGGCUCGAUGCCUCCCCGGCCGCCCACCUAUGGAACAAGCUGCUCGGCCUCUACUCCCUCCGCGGCGCGCCCGAUGUUGCGCGCAGGCUGUUCGACGGAAUGCCCCAGCGGGACAGCGUCUCGUACAACACCCUCAUUGCGCGCGUCUGUCGCUCGGCCCCCGAGGGCGCGCGCGCGUACUCGAGGAUGCUCCGCGAGGACGGCUGCGGUGGCGCGAGGCCCGAUGGGAGAACUCUCUCGGCGCUCCUCGCGCUGCCGCUGUCGCCGGGUGGCGACGCGGCUGGACGCGGGUUCGUCCGGCAGGUGCACUCCCACGCGGUGCGGCUCGGGCUUUGCUCCAGCGCGUUCGUGGGGACUGCUCUGGUACGCGCGUACGGGCGGUGCAGGGACACGGGCGCCAUCGCCGGCGUGUUCAAGGAGAUUGCAGAGCCAGAUGUCGUAUGCUGGAACGUCGUUAUCGACGCGUGCACGCAGACUGGGAGCGUAAGUCGUGCUGCCGAGGUGAUGUCCAGAAUGCGCAUGGCUGGAUACAGCGCUGAUGGCUUCACGUUAACCAGCAUCUUGAAAGGUUGCUCACGCGAGGAAGAUCUUGGCCUUGGCAUGCAGCUCCAUGCGCGCUUGUGGAAGGUCGGUUUUGACUCUGAGACGGCGUCCUGCAAUGCUCUGAUCAGUAUGUACCUGAAAUGCCGUGCAGGGAUGAGUUCAGCUGUCCAAGUCUUUGACGGGAUCUCGGAGCCGGAUAUAACGACUUGGACAGCGAUGAUUGCCGGGCUGGUGCAGAAUGGCCUAGGAGUGGAGGCUGUGAGCUUCUAUAAAGAAAUGGUGAGGGCUGGGGAAAAGGAGAAUGGCUACUCCUUCGCUAGCGUGCUCUCUGCAUGUUGUGCCAUUGCUCGUCUGCAGCAUGGAAAGAUGGUGCAUUGCCGGAUUUUCAAGUCUGGAUUUUGUAUGGAUACAAUUGUCGGCAACACUCUUCUUGACAUGUACUUCAAGUGUGGCAGCUCAAUGGAUGCUCAGCUUGUUUUCAACACAAUGUGUUCGUAUGAUGUGGUGUCGUGGACUGCUAUGAUUGUUGGGUACGGUCGACACAAUGAUGCUGGGAGGGCUCUUGAAUCCUUUAGAACAAUGAUUGAUCGAGGAUUUAAGCCUGACAACAUUACAUUUCUCACGAUCCUUUCUGCCUGUAGCCAAGGAGGUCUUGUGGAUGAAGGGCUUAAGAUUUUCCACUCCAUGGUUGAGUUUUAUAAUGUUAAACCGCAGAGAGAGCAUUAUGCAUGCUUGGUUGAUCUGCUAGGACAUGCCGGGAGGCUAAACGAAGCAGAGACAUUAAUUAGACAGAUGGGAUUGGAACUGGAUUCAUUUGCAUGGGAGUCACUCCUCAGUGCUUGCGGUUUACAUGGAGAAGUUGACCUGGGGAAGAAAUCAGCAGGGAAGGUCAUGGAAUUGGAACCACAGAAGCAUGGGCCUUAUGUUCUGCUAUCAAACAUGUAUGCUGAGCAAUGUCGCUGGCAUGACAAGGAGAUGUUGAGAGAGAGGCUUAAUUGCAGCAAUAUCAGGAAGGGUGCUUCUUGGAGCUGUUUUCCAGCUUCAGAAGCAAAUUAG